AAUGAGCGGGAUUCGGCUGCGGAGACGUCACAAAGUAUUCGCGCCGCAAAUCGCCGGUGGUACACGGGCACGGCCACAGCAUCACCGUCGUCGACGUCAUCCUCGAGCCGCACGCUACGCAAGCACGCCGCACAGUCAGCCGGCGCCCCGAUGAAAGCCGCAACGCUCCUGGCCGCCUUGGCCUGCCUACUCGAGGUCUCGCAUGCAUUCCCGUUCAAUUUCAGCAAGAGGAAUUUAGAUUCUCUAGCCAGAACCGGGCAGUUACCAGAAUACAAAAGGUCGCUAGCUUCAUUGGCAAAGAGUGGACAAUUGCCCGAAAAAUUGGUUCAGGAGAAACGGAUGUUGGACGUGUUGGAGCAAGCAAGCGAUGCAAACUCAAAGGCCAUCCAAGAGCAAAGAAAUCGAGUAGUAGAGGAAAUCAAAAAUUUGGCAUUCACUGGGUUAACAAAAAGACAAGCAGCUUCCGAGCCUGAUUUUCGUGACGAAUUUAAAUCGGACUUGAGGAGCAUAUUAGACCAAUUUUUGGAAAAGUUUGGGACGACAUAUGACCCAGAAAAGGUAGAGCUGUUUUUGACCAACAUGGCCGACGAAGUGUUCGAAAAUCAUGGUGUAGUUUCAUUAGACCAUAUUCGAUUCUUGAUCGAGACUGGUUACUUCCAACCAGAAAUGCGCGAAGAAGAUGAUGUAAAACCAGCCGACGGAGACUCGUCGCCAGACGACUAUAUCGCCAAACGAUUCAUGGCCUCGCUAGCCCGGACUGAUAACAUGCCGUUUUGGUACAACAGCCCGAGGUACGUCGCCAAGCGGUACAUUUCUUCAUUGCUGAGACAAGGAAGAUUGCCUUACGGAUUCCAACCCACCACGGAGUCAUCGACGAAAAAGCAAGACUGGACCUCACAAGAUGGCCAAAAACCCAAGAGAAGUGACGCGACGUUUCAAAAUAGCGAAGAGUUUAUACCCGUGAUGCAAGGUAGCAAAAGUUUGCAGAGUAUUAUCGACGACUUGACACAAGAACCUAUGCAAAAGAGAUACUUAGGUGCGUUAUCACGCAGCGGUUGGAUGCCCAGAGGAUUCGCUUCGACGUCGUCCCGGUCACCGGCCUCGUAUCACUCGUUCGGCAGCACCGGCCAGAGUGGCUACGGAAAGAGACACUUGGCCGCGCUCGCCCGACUCGGCUGGCUGCCGUCCUUUAGAAACCCUCAUUCGUUUUACAUGCGCAACGGCAGAGGGUCGUCGUUCCAAUGCGACAUAAACAAGAGGACAUUGGUCGACGCCGCCACCAACACCUCCGACGGGAACAUCGAGAAUACUGAGCGGUCGUUUGAAGAACUCGGGUGGGACUACCAGCAGCCGUCGGCAGCAACAGAACAGGCGCAAACAGACGACGGGAUGAAGAACAAGAGGUAUCUGCUACUGCCGGCCGUGGACAACAUACUGUUGCGUAGGCAGUACCCUCAUUUAGCGACAAAUAAAAUUUAAUCUAAUACUAAGUUACACGCUUCGCCGACGUAUACAAUAUUAAACGAACGUAAUGUUUUAACAAUAAUACAUAAUAAUAUAUUAAUAUAAUAUAACGUCAUAUUUACCUCGUUGUAUCAAACAUAAUAUUCACCAUCCGUCCGGUACGGCAGCUGCACACUGUUAUAAUUCACAAUAAAUUAUCUUCACGAUAUAAGUAUUAUGAGUUUAUGACGUGUGCCCUGUCGGACUUACCGGACGGGUAAGUACAAUAAUCGACAAAACCUUUUUAUUGAAAUUUCUCAAAUUAUAAGACAAUAACUAUGUGUGUUUCUUAAUAAUUAAAUUAUCGUACGUAAAACAUAUAUAAUAAUAAUAAUAAUAAUAAUAAUAAUAAUAUGUAAUGUCUGUGUGUUGACAAACUAUUUAGCUUUUGCCACGUUAAGAAAAAAAAAAAAAGUAUCAACAUUUAAGAAUAGGUACUAGAACAUUACAAUUCUCUACAUGGCUAUUAUAUUGUAGACGUUUAUCCUCUAUUAUAAUAAAUAUAUAAUAUAAUAAUAAAGUUAUUUUAAGUGUAACAUAAA